AUGUGCCCGAAAGCGUCACCGAGGCUGUCUAUUCACGGUUCACCGACUGAGAAACGUCGUCAACUGAUCCGAAUUGCAGCUCCCGAUUUCCAAAGGGCAUUACCACCAGACGAGCAUAUGACUGAAGUGACUCCAAUCUACGUGAAUCAUUCAAUGCAAUCGAAAAUGGAAACGGACGAGGUACAUGCCUCUCCUGGAGGGAUUGAGGUUUCCAUAAAUGCUGACAAGGAGAACAAUGAAGACAAGGAUCGAGUGUUGAACUGGACAGCUGCAUCAAUUGCCACUACUGGUGUGACAUUCGAAGGAGCUGUAGAAGAGGAUCGAAUUCGGCCAGUAUUUGUGGAACGAGGUCGCCCGCAAAAAGUGUUUCUGAAUCGACUAAACACGGAAGAUGGCACCAAUCCCGAAAAAACGCCACCCACGGUACGUUCACCAGGCACGAUGGCAGGCUAUUCGCCCAAGCCACCUCGGCCAAUUUCACGUCCUGUACUUUCUCCGCUGGAUUAUCAAACUUUUCAUUCGGAAGAUUCGCUUUCCCAACCCGACGUGGUAAAGCGACGGGUGGACAUGAUACACACGGUAGCUCCGACAUCAGCUGAGGUGAAUAUUUCUACUGGGUUACCGUAUCAGGUGAAUGAGGAACAGAUUUUAGACGUGCGUCAAGGCCCAGGUGAAUACAAGGUCACCGCCAGUCUAGAUAGGCGUCAAUACGAUUCGAUUGAACGAGGCUCGUCACAUGACAUGAGGAGAGCUCAAACUAUGCGCACCGUCCACGUACAAGGAAAACCUCCUCGCUCGGUUCCGGCCCAACGCACUCAGCAAUUUGUAUUGCACACCUCCGCGGACGCUUCCCCAGCCACAUCACCACGCCAACUCACCAGUUUACAAACACUCGCGGCGUCCCCCAAGGCUCAACGAUGCACAGCCUUGCCAGAAUCACCUCGAAGGGGUUUGAUACAAAUGAUGGACACGGCACUGGAAUCACCAACACAGCCGUAUGACAUCACAAACUUCCCAUAUCUGAGCAAGGAGUUAAUGUUGCAAGUGACACAAUCCGACAAGGGGCCACGAGUGGACUCGGAGACUCUGAAGAACUACACUGAAGGUCCCUUGAUUGAGGCCGGGAUCAAACAAAUCCAUCCAUUCUUGUCUGACUGGGGUCAUUCGGUCGAGGCAGAUGGGGAGACGAAACCACAAGUAUCCGGUGACCCGGGGGCGGACGCAAAACAGCAUACAAAAUCGAGCGUGCAGAACUUCCUGAACACAUGCGUCCGUUUAAAAUCGGUGGAUUUACAGGGCCACUUUGCCGCGUUUCACUAUCCGUUGCGUGCUUUUAAUUCAUCCCUUUGGCGUUCAUGUGCCCGUUUUGUGGACUGGAAUAAUCUAAAAGUGAUGCAAGAACCCGGAUUUAUCACGGAAUAUGCUGAACUGCCCGCAAUUCAUCACGAUGGUGAAGGAUUUGUCUAUGCGGACAAGCCGAUCGAUGUCCUUUUGACAACUUGGCUUGAUUGUCACCAAACAUCUCCACCGUCUGAGGUCGUCCCUCAAUCCCCAAAUACCGCUCUUGUUAAGCCCGCACAUAUCUAUCACCCAAUUUCGUUCGCUGUUCGGCUGGAUCAGCUGCUUUUGCAUACGGAGCGGACAGAACAGGAAAAGGUUGCGGAUAUCUGCUUCCGUCUCGCAGCCCUGCUCUCUUACGCCCAUUGCCGUAAAUGUUUGGUAAAUUUGAAUCGACCAUUGAACAGUAUUGCUUCGGAUCCAAAAGACGUUUUAGUCAUACUGUCCACAAGCAAUUGCUUGAUGCUAUUCAAAACAUCACCGUCCAAUACGGACCAAACGGGACUCGAAUAUGAUCCACUCGUCAAAUCACUGUGUUCCCUCGAAGGCUCGGUAGAACAGGGCGUUGAUAAUUUGGUGCAAAAACUGGAGGAGAAAAUGACCAGUGAGACGGAACACUUGAAUUUUUCAUCUCGGCUGCUCACUGCGAUUGCUCCUCCUGACUGGAUGGCUUUGUGUUGCAGUCGUAUUUAUUUGAAACAGCAAUAG